AUGGAUGUCCAUGAUAAUAAAAAAUCAACUAAACAUGAGAUAGAACUGAUAGAAGAUACGAAUGAGUCAGAUAAUGAUCUACGUGAACCGUUCAGCGAUAUUGACCUAAGCGACAGAGAAGAUCCAACAUACGUACAAAGUUGUGAAGUUCCUCGAUGCAAGCAAGAAAUCGACAAAAAGCCUGCUAAGAAAAUAAUGGAAAUCCCAGAAGACUUUCCUGUAGAAUGGUCACCAAGAGAGUAUCAACAUGUGAAGCAGCCAAGGACAAAUAAACGAAAACUUGCAAAAGCUUUAAGAAAUAGUGGAAAAGAGUAUGUUUCCGUGAAAACACAGAAGAGAAUACCAAUGCGUAAAAUAGGACCGGCUUGUAAUGCAGAAUGGUGUAAAAAAGGCGGACGGGAAUGCAGAAAGUUUACCGAAGAAAUAAGGCAAGCUAUAUUUUCGGAUUUUUAUAAUUUGGCUGAUUUGCAGUUACAACGAGAAUUUCUUGUUCGAUUCGUAGAACAAAAACUAAAAAAGUCGAAUACAAAACCAGACGGUAAGUCUCGACGAACAUACACGAAAACUUUUUUCCUUCCAUUUAAUGGUGAACCAACUAAGGUGUGCCGUAAGAUGUUUAUUAGCACACUGGAUGUAGGUGAAAAAGUACUGCGCAAUGCUGUCAAAAAAGUUCAGAGCACUGGCGUAUUAGAGAAAGAAAAACGUGGUGGCCGCGAUAAGAUAUCUGCACUCAAAGAUAGGGCUGUAAGAGACAGUAUAAUCAAUCACAUUAAUAAAUUCCCCCGUGUUGAGUCCCACUACUAUCGCAAAGAUAGUUCCAGAGAAUAUUUGCAUGGGGAUUUAAGUUUACGAAAGAUGUACGACAUGUUUAUCGAAGAGUUGCAGUCCACCGAAAGCAAACCUAGUUUUUCGUUAUACAGGUUUAUUUUCAAAAAAAUUAAUUUGUCAUUCCAUAGGCCUAAAAAGGAUCAGUGUGGAACGUGCAGAGUUUAUCACCAAGCAAGUGAAGAAGAGAAAAUAAAAAUAAAAGAAAUUUUUGAUAAACACAUAGUAGAGAAAGAGGCAGUUCGUGAACUUAAAGAAAAUUUUAAAAGUGCGGCUAAAAAUGAUCCAAAAAUUUUUUGUGCUUGUUUCGAUUUGCAACAGAGGGCCAAAAGACCUCUUCAAGAGACGCAAGUUGUUGCAGGGCCUUCAGGUGUCAAUACGAACAAUGGAGAGGAAGACUCACCACGUAAAAAAAAGCUAAGACAACAGUUGCAGUUACAAAAAGUAAGGAGAAAUCAAAGAAGAUUAGGGUACUUGGCCAAAAACUGA